UUUCCAUCGAUCACGCGUCCACAAACCAGUCAUGGAGUCCCACGUCGCGUCGCUCGCGAUCUCGCAAGGCGAAGUGCGUAUGCUCAACGAGAUUCUACACUCGCCCGUCGCGCGCCAUCGCCCGUCGCACCGGUACGCCCAGGUGUGCCAGCUCUCGGACCCGCCUCCGCAGAACGUCAAUGAACUGCCCACGACGUACGAGCCGCCGCCUCAAUACGACAUUGGUUUCAUAACCAAUAACGACGCCAGCCGCGCGCAGCAUCCUACGUACGGCGCCAAGGAGACCGAGACGCGUGCGGUCUCGUAUUCGUCGUCUUCGCCGUGCACGCCGCUUGGUGCUAUGUAUGCGAAUGCACCAACGCCCACGACCACGUAUAGUAUGUCGAGUGGAUACAAGCCCGUCGACAGCCCGCGCGUGCAGGCAACCGUUGAGGCGCCGGCGUCCUGGUCCUCCUACGGCACGCCACCACAGUACCACCACGAACCUCGCGGUCUCCCUCAGCGCGGGCAAGGAUACGAGCUGAGUCCGCGUCCAGUGCAAGCGUUGGUACCACCCAGCUUUGACACGCUUUCGUACAUGCCAACGUACUUGCCUGGCACGAACAUCCAGUACCAGCACAACUACACGUCGAUCUCGCGACCCUACGGUUACCAGCCCCCCGCAGAGACAACACGGUACAGUUGUCUACCCCCCGCCCCGCUCCCACCGACGCCUAUCGUGGGCUCGUCCUCGCCGCCGCAUGGAAGGAGCGACGAACAGCAGGAUAACACCAAGAAGCCGCCCCGCACGUGCAAGUACGCCAACUGCAUGAAGACGAUCCAGCGCCACGGGCUCUGCCACAAGCACGGCGGGGUCCGAAAGUGCACCAAAGAAGGCUGUUCGCGCAAAGACCGAGGCGAAGGCUUUUGCGUCGCCCACGGCGGCGGCAAGCGCUGUGCUCACGAAAGCUGCGAGAAAGUCGUGCGCCGGGGGCUCUACUGCAUGCACCACUCGGUGCCGCCGGCCGCCGAUGGCAACUCGAUUCGCGCGGCCUAAUUGACAUCCUUGUAGCAUAGAGUGUUUGUGAUCUGAUCGAUGUAAUGAUGCGUGCAACCAAGUCUUCGCUGACUUUUGUGCUUUUAAAGCCUUGCCCGGCCAGGAAAUAUGAGUACGAAUGUAACCC